AUGGAGAGUCAACUAGAUUUCUAUGGUCCUGAAUUACUGAAUAGUAUAAAUUGCUCUGGUUUGCCUCCACAUAAAUUAAUACUCAAGGUUAGUAUUCCGGUGAUGUUACUGAGGAAUAUUAACCAAUCCAGUGGUCUUUGUAAUGGUACAAGGCUACAAGUUAGAAAGCUUGGAAAUCAUGUCAUAGAAUGUAAAGUCUUAACGGGUAACAAUGUUGGUCAUAUUGCUUUGAUUCUAAGAAUAAAUAUGGUACCAACAAAUGAAACCGUCCCAAUAUGGCAAAAAGGAAUGCUCAGGAGGCCUACCAAAGGGUCCAGGAGGCUAAGGCGAAGUCCAGGGCUAGGGCCGGAGGUGCCAAGGCAGUCGUUUCUCCUCCUCCUCCUCCUCCUCCUCCUAAGACUGUGGGUACUCCCUCUCAACCUAUUAUAA